GAAGGUGUGGCAGGAGUCAUGAGGAGGGGGAGGCCCGUCUGAGCCAUUCAAAUGUCACUGGUGGAAAGUUUGUGGAACUUUUCCUGAUGUCUGUCUUCCUUCCGCGAUCCCUUUGAAUUCAUGUGUGUGAGCGUAUGAACGCGUUGUAAGAGGAGGGAGGUCUGAGGUGCGGCUGGCCAAGCUGAGAACAAAUCUGGAGGCAGCAGCAGCAGCAGCAGCAGCAGGAGCACCACAGGUUGGAUUUCUUUCUUUCAGGACCUUGUAUUGGUACUGCUGGAUCCACUGCCUUCAGUUCAGGCACAUGUUACUCGUGAGAUCUGGAGAAACCUAACGAUCUGCCAUGGAGAGAGCUUAACCGCUGGGCAAAGAGCACUUCCUUUUCCUCCACGUCUCCAUCACUACUCAUACAGCCACCAUGCGUAGAUUCAGCUCUGAGGGAUCCCUCCUGGACCUCGACUUCCUUCCGUGGAAGAGGGUGGCACUGAAGAACACAGAUUAUGAGAAGAACCGGGAUACUGGCACCUACACACCUCACAUGGAGGAACAUGAGGCGUAUAGGAGGUCAACCAGCAUGACGCCCGCCAUCCAGGAGCCCAGAGCGAGUGCCGGCGAGGGGGGCAAGAGGGAGCUGACCAAGGACCUCAGCGUCAGCACAGAGAACCUGAGUGAGCUGGGUAAACUGGACAAGAGCCACCUUGGAGUGUGUGUCAUCAGUGAGGGCUGCAGGGCCUACAGUGACAGCCAGCUGGCCCCGGCCGCCCAGGGCAGCACUGAGAGUGUGGAGAGAAAUGAUCUGCCUCCCUCCUCUCCUACGUCCUCCUCCAACCCAUUCUCCUUCAUAUCCCAUCACAGGCACCAACAUAAACCCAAACUGUCAGCUGCUAAACUGCACCUCAGGAGUCUGUUUGGGCAGAGUCCUCAUUCCUCAAACUCCAACCUGAGCAAUGCAGAACAGAAAGACAGUGCUACAGAGAGGAGGUCUCGUCUGCUCUUCAUGCGUCAGUGGAGUCAGGUGGGCCACAGCAAGAAGAGGAAGAUCAGCCAAGAAGAGCUGGAGAAGUGGGCCGAGUCCCUGGACACCCUGCUGGCCAGCCAAACUGGUGUUUCAGUGUUUGGAGCAUUCCUGCGCUCUGAGUUCAGUGAGGAGAAUCUGCAGUUCUAUCUGGCCUGUGAACAGUACAGGCACUCAUCCAACAACUUCAGCCUGCAUAGGAGGGCCAAGGACAUCUGCACCACCUACAUCCAGCCAGGUGCCUCCCGAGAGGUGAACCUGGACAGUAAGACCAGAGACCUGACCAUCCAGCUGCUGCAGGCGCCGUCUCACACCUCCCUGUCCCACGCACAGAAACGCAUCUACUCGCUCCUGGACACAGACUGUUAUCCCCGCUUCCUGCAGUCCAACGUCUACCUCUCCUUACUCCGAGAGGCCGACUAGAGGCCACAGGAUGAUGACUCACCUGGUUGAUGCCGAUGAGCCGCUGGAGCCAGCGUUUCCUGUAUCACUGUAGAUCAUAAAACUAAACGUCUUCAGAAGACAAAGAAAAGUAUAUCUGGAGCAAAUGUUGAUGCUCAGUGGAUGCUGUGUGUAGACAUGUAAAUCAGAUAAAUUAGUGCAUCAACCACUUCAUAGAUGAGUUCAGUGAGAUGUUCAGAUCAACAUCAACAUGUCUGACAUGUCUGUGUUCAGUGCUGACCUGUCAGGAUAGCCAGGAUACUGUUAUCCUAGCUUAGCUUUAAGACCGGAAGCAGGAGGAAAUAGCUACCAGCACUUGUGAAGCUGAAUUACUUGUCACCACAGCAGGGUUGUCAGGUUUGGUGCCAUCAGAGCCCAAAAGCUGUGUUUAGCUAUUAAUCUGAUUUUUUUACUGAUGUGAGCUGUAGGUGGAAACAUUACUGCAGCGGCACCUCAUGUAAACACUAAAAUAUACAGUUUAUCCUUCCAUAGCACGGCUGGAUAAACUGCUGCUUGUCAAGAAACGAAUCAACAAAUACCCACUAAAAUCCCCUUUCCUUUUUUGACAUGAUUUUUGUUUGUGUGCAGAUUAAACACCACGUUAAUUAGUAACUUCUGAGUGUUGUAGCUGUAUUUCUUCACUUUGGUGAGGAGAGCCAGGUUAGCUGUUUCCCCCUGCUUUCAGUCCUUAUGCUAAGCUAGGCUAACCCUAAAUAAAAUAAGCUAAUUUCCCAGGAUGUUAAACGCAUCCUUCAUUUGGCUGGUUGGCUCUGAGCUGCGGCAGUAGCUACGGUCUGUCCUGAGAGUUUGGAAAAACAGAGCUGAGGUGGUUUUCUUUCCUCACUUUACAUGACCCGUGAAACUAUGCAGCUCUCGUUUCAAUCAUUAAACAUCCUUGUCGUAAGUACUUAAUGUCCCCACGGUCCAGUGAGCUCAGGCUGCGUUUCCUCUGCUGACAGAAAGGAAAAACUAGUUCAGCAAGAAUGAGCUCUUGGCUAGAAAAGGUCAAAGUACUAUGUGAGUUACUUCUAUGGCACAGGUGGGUAAGCUGAGCACAGAGAGUCGACAAGGAAACUGAUUCAGUCUGUUCCUACAGUUACCACAUACAAUAUCCUCAGAAAGCAGCUGGGUAAUUGAAGUGGGUUAUUUGCAUCAGAGUAUUUUGAGCAGCUUUAGCCUGAAAACAUGUAAACACCCUCAUGUAGCGAGGAAGAACAUAAAGACACAGAGAAUCACACCAGAGUUUUAAAGAGAAAGAAAUAAAA